CAUUGAUGGAUCAUUUACAUCGUCAAUGUCUCUCCAAUCGCUCUUUUGAACUGUCAAAGCUUUUUUGGAUGAGGCUUGAGGACCCACUUAUUGCAGCAUUAUUUUCUUAUGCCUAUUUCAAAAAGAGUUCCAAAUUAGCACAAGACACUGUGCAAAGAAUGCAAUUAAAAUCAUACGCUAUUGAAUACAGAUCUCUUUCUGUAACAAUGAUUGAUGAGCUCUAUAACAGAAAUCCGGACCUUACAAAGAGGCUUCUCGUAACGAAAUUUGAUAUGUAUGGCGAUAAAUCUUGUAUUGAGAUAGCCCUAGAAUCUGGAAAUCGUGAUUUUAUUUCUCAGCCAGCUUGUAUUGACUUGCAGAAGUCGAUAUGGAAUUUAGGUUAUUUAUGGCAGAUUAAUGAUGAGAAACAAAAGUUGGAUGCUGAUAAACUAAGCAGGACAGAUUCAACAAAUAAUAAUGAAGAAGAUACACAACAAAUCGUAAAUCAUGACAGAACUGUUACAAAUUUAAAUGGUAGAAAAGAAGAUCAAGAGAAAACUCAUGAAUUUGUCUGCACUGUAAGUAAAAUUUAA